AUGCCGGCCACAGAUCGCUCUGCUAUCAAACGCCGCUCCUCUACACAGCAUUACCAGACCUUUGAUACCCCACCACCGAAGUCGCGUGGGCGACCCAAUUCCGGCCAGUCGGGAUCCUCCGGUGAAGGUUCCAACGAUGCGCACAAUGAAUCGCCCGACCAAACCGGCCAGCAUUCACCAUUGCCCAAACGCCAAAUGGUGGUGCUGGCAAUAAUCGCCCUGGCAGAGCAGACCGCACUGAAUUCCAUCAGUCCGUACCUUCCCGACAUGGCAUCCACAUUCCCCGAGGUGAAGUCGUCUGAGGUCGGCGUAUACGUUGGAACGAUCGCUUCGGCCUUUGCAUUGGCGCAGCUUGCAACCAAUUACUUUUGGGGUUCGCUGUCUGAUCGCAUUGGUCGCAAGCCGGUCAUUUUACUUGGAACCUUUUUGACGGCGCUAUGCUUCAUUGCAUUUGGAUUUUGCAAGACCCUUUGGCAAGCGAUCCUAGUCCAGGCGAUGAUGGGAAUCGUGAAUGGCAAUCAAGGCUUGGUGUCGACCUGUCUCGGCGAGAUUACCGACCGAAGCAACCAAUCGCAGGCAUUCACAUAUUUGCCAGUUCUUUACGGCGUUGGAGGUAUCACGGGCCCGCUACUGGGAGGAUUGCUGGUCUUCGAGCGCAAUCCGUUUACCGGAAAGAAGAGCACAUAUCCUUACCUUGCGCCGAACCUCGUCUCCGCUGCCAUUCUUCUGUUGGACUUGGUAAUCACCGCCUUAUACUUGGACGAAAGCUUGGAGGACGCAGACACCCUCCCGAAGAUUGGCAAAAAGGUUCGCAGCCUUUUCACCUGGCUUUGGCAGUUCACGGGAUUUGCUUCAAGGCCAACUUAUGUUCGCGUACCCCAAGCCGUUCCUUACCCGCAUUUCCGCCACAGCAGUACCGACAAUGACGAACACGACAGCGAUCUGGACUCCGCAUCCGAGGUGUCAAGUCAAGCUGGCAAUCACGAGGAAUUGACCUGGGAUGAGAUAUUCACACGGGACACGGUCUUGUUGCUGUUAACAUAUCUCGUUUUUGCGUUUUGCAAUGUCUCCUUCAACUCCCUGUUUCCAAUUUUCGCGCAGGCAAAGCCACCCGCUGGCCGUCACUUGACACCAUCUGAAAUCGGCCUCUCCCAAGGCUUUGCUGGUGCUGUCACGAUUAUCUUCCAGAUAUGCAUUUUCAACCGUCUGCGCGAUAAGAUGGGCAAUCGCUGGUCAUACCGCGCUGGUCUUUUCGGAUUUGUUCUCUCCUUUCUCCUCAUGCCUUUUGUUGGAUAUAAGAGCGAGGAGAGCAAGGGGUUGACAGGAAAGUCUGCGCUGAUGGCCGUCGAGCUUUGCUUGGUGCUACUGGUCAAGACUGUUGCUUCGGUUGGUGGUCUAACCAGUGCGCUUUUGCUGAUCACAAAUUCCGCUCCAAACCAUGCAGUUCUUGGUGCUCUCAACGGCCUUGCACAAACUCUUUCCGCGGCUGGACGUGCCGUAGGCCCAUUCCUCUCCGGAGGCCUUUUCUCAUUGACCUCCAAGAUUCAGCCCAAGGGCGAAGCCCUGGCCUUCGGUGUCUUUGGCAUAGUUUCUUUCAUCGGAUUUCUGAUGAGCUUUGGUAUCCGAGGUCGAUCACUGGAAGCCGAUGGCUGGGGAGAAGACAGCGAUGAAGAUGAUGAGAAUUACAAGUCGGAUGAUGACGAGCCCAACGGUGCCUAA